AUUAUUUUCUUCCUUGGCAAAUGAUUUUCACAUACAAUUAAUUAUGAGCUUAGAGUUUUAUUUUAAAUGGGUUCUCAACCAUGUUUUAGUUACUCUUUAUGGGUACACAUUAUGUUAUGGAAAGGGACAGCGAUAAUCAAACUUAUCUUUUUCAAAAAAAUAUUAAUAUGUAUUUCAAUAGAAACAAAAAUUCAAUUCUAAUUUAUUUUGUUAUUCAAUAUACGAUGUUAAAAAUCUUUGUAACCGUGAUACAGAGACUGUUAAAUUAUUAGCUUUAUUUCUAUUUUUACAAGUUAUUCUGAGUACUCCAUUUAUUGUUUUAUUUUUCCAUUACUCUUAACCAUUAAAUUAAAAGGCUUAAAUUCCUGCCGUUCAUGUAGUGUAAGUUAAAGGUAUAUAUGCUAAUAUGCCAUACUAUUAGCAGAUUAAUUGCUUAGACAUUGAGAUUAUGUGCACAUAAUUUAAGCAUGCUUUUACGCUCAUUUAAGUACAAAUAAAGCCUUCAAAGUCAAAAUCAACUCCUUUGAUCAUUCUUAAGGAAAACAGUUGUAGAGAUCAAGACUUUUUGUAGAUACAUCUGUACAUAUUGGUAUAAAUAGAGUAUACUCCGUACCUUUGAGUUCAUCGUUUUUGAUUAUUUUAUUUGAGAGCUUUUUCUAUCGUAAAUACAAUCAUCAGCCUAAACUUUUGAUUAUAUUGAUACAUUUAUUACCACGUAAAAGAAGGGUUUUUGUUGCAACCACUGCUCUAGCCCAAGUAGCUCUCGUUAACCAAGUAGCUUUUUCUAUCGUAAAUACAAUCAUGCAGCUUUUUGGCAGGUGGCAUAUAUAUAUUGGUUUGUUAACCAAGUGAUAUAUACUUGUUUUGGUGCAGACUUAUUCUGUACCCUGAUUGUUUGGCUUAAUUUUAUAUUUUUAGGUAAUUUGAUUUCUAAUGGAGAAUAGCGAGUUCCCGAAUUCGAGAAAACGGAUUGCUGCUGAGCUUCCAGCCUUGUGUACUGUGAAAUCUUCUGAGGAGAUUCAUAUAUUUGAUACUAUUGAUGGGCCCAAUGACAACAUCACAGUUAAUCAGAAUCAGCAACUUGGCUUACCUACUACAGGAACUCAAGUAAUAAGUGGGCAUGGGCUCAAGAAUGAAGGUGUACAUGGGUCUGUUUCAAUUAGCAUGCCACCAACUCCAAAGACCCCAAAAAAGGUUUUGUUUGAUGAAAGUUCUGAGACUUCAAAUGAACCCAAAUAUUACUCUCAACCAAUAUCUAGAGCUGCAACAUAUGUUGAAGGUGCCCAAACACAAAACCAAGAUUCAGGGCAACAAGCAAGAUAUCCCCAUUUGGAACGUCUCAAAGAUACGAGGUUUGAUUCUUUCAAGACAUGGUCUGGAAAACUUGAGAGGCAAAUUUCCCAUAUACGAGGAAAACCUGUCGAACCACAGCCUGAACAAAGGCCUAAAAAUCUUGUAGAAGGCGAUGCACUGCCUGUGGACCGAUAUUUUGAUGCAUUAGAUGGCCCAGAGUUGGACACUCUUCGUCCAACGGAGGAGUUGAUGCUCCCAGAAGACAAGCCUUGGCCAUUUCUUCUCCGGUUUCCUAUCGCUUCGUUCGGUAUAUGUCUUGGUGUGAGUAGUCAAGCCAUUUUAUGGAAAACCCUAGCAAAUUCACCCUCAAUAAGUUUCCUCAAAGUUAGUCCUUUAGUAAACUUGAUCUUAUGGUCUAUUUCCAUUGCUUUGGUAGUAGUCGUUGCUAUCAUUUACGGGUUGAAGUUGAUCUUAUACUUUGAGGCAGUAAGACGCGAGUAUUACCAUCCGAUCAGGGUGAAUUUCUUCUUUGCUCCGUUUAUAUCCCUCCUUUUUCUGUCGCUUGGGUGCCCACCAUCAGUUACUAAUGACCUUCACCGAGCACUUUGGUAUGUGCUUAUGUUCCCAUUUCUCUGCCUUGAGCUUAAAAUCUAUGGUCAGUGGAUGUCCGGUGGGCAACGUAGACUGUCAAAAGUGGCUAAUCCUGUGAACCAUUUGUCUGUGGUCGGAAACUUUGUUGGUGCAUUGUUGGGUGCAUCGAUGGGACUUAAAGAAGGACCGAUUUUCUUCUUUGCAGUUGGUUUGGCUCAUUAUACCGUCUUGUUUGUGACUCUCUACCAACGACUUCCUACAAAUAAGACCCUUCCCAAGGAACUCCACCCGGUGUUUUUCCUCUUUGUCGCGGCACCUAGUGUUGCGUCUGUGGCAUGGGCUAAGAUCCAAGGAUCCUUCGAUUAUGGAUCUCGAAUCUCUUACUUCAUUGCUUUGUUCCUCUUGUUCUCAUUGGCUGUUCGAAUCAAUUUCUUUCGAGGAUUCAAAUUCUCGAUAGCAUGGUGGGCGUACACAUUCCCUAUGACAGCAGCAGCGAUUUCGACUAUCCGAUACUCAAAUGAAGUAACAAAUUGGGUGACCAAAAGCUUAGCCAUAUUCCUAUCUACAAUCUCUACACUUAUUGUUACAGCCUUGCUCGUUACGACCCUCCUACAUGCCUUUGUCUUUCGCGAUUUAUUCCCUAAUGACAUUGCGAUUGCUAUCUGUGAACGGUCUUCUAAGCCGCGUAAGAGAUGGUUUCCACUAAGACAUGGUAGUUCAGACAACAAUGAGAUUGAGCAGUACUUGAAGUUUGUCAAUACUGAUGGUACUGACUUGGAAUCUUCUGUGAAUCCUUCUAGAACAACCCAUGAGAAGACUGAUUCUGAAUUUAAUUAAACGCUUUGAAAAUGUUAGUCUGUGAGUGGGAUAUACUGGAUAUGAUUAUGAUGAUGAUAAUGAUGAUGAUGAUAAUGAUGAUGAUGAUGAUAAUGAUAUUUAGAAAAUGUACUAUGAUGUGCUUAUGUUUAAGGAUGAAGAGCUUAUGAUGAAUCAAAGAAAAGCCAAUGAAUUCUAAAUCACUAAUGAUUCAGAGAGAGGCUUCAAAAUGCAUCCAUUAAUGGUUGCAUUUGGAGCUUAAAUGUGUUAAAAUUUACAUCUUAUUUUGUCACUAAAGAGUUUGUGGAUUAUGAAGGCAAGUGAGGCUUAGUGUAUGAUUUUAGAAUAAAUGACUUUAGUUUUGUCACUAAGAUUUUAGGGUUUUUAGUUUUGGAUUAUAACAGAUUUUAGGGUUUUUAUUUAUAUAAAGUUGCAGAUAAUGUAUGCCUGUAAUUAAGUGUCAAUUUAAAAUAGUUAAAUAUUUAAAAGGUCAAAGGUUAAAGAUA